GACAGACGGCAGCUGCAGAUGUGCGUCUGCUGUCUGCCUGUUGGACACAUCGGACCAGACGGGAUGCUGUCUCUGUUUUCUGCUCUCACCGCCACCUUUAAACUAUGAAUGUAACCGCGAUGCUCUGUGAGAGCCCCGCGCCUGCAGCAGUGGUUCGUGUCCGUGUGGGAGCCUGAUGAGAGAGUGAGGACAGAAGGACUGGAGGACAGGAUGCCCGCGAGCGGCGCCGAUGCGCUGAAGCCCAGCGCCUUCAUCCCGGUGUGCACCGCCGUCUGCCUCCUGGUCGGCUCUACCUCCAUGUUCUUCGUCUUCACAUGCCCCUGGCUGGCUUUGACCAUCUGCCCUGUUGUGCCACCAUGCUGUGCCAUCCUUUUCCUCUUUGUGCUGGCCAACUUCACCAUGGCAACGUUUAUGGAUGCUGGAGUGCUUCCUGUGGCCGGAGAGGAUGAAGAUAAGGAUGACGAGUUCCGUGCUCCGUUGUACAAAAACGUUGAGGUGAAGGAUGUCCAGGUGCGGAUGAAGUGGUGUGCGUCGUGUCAUUUCUACAGACCGCCACGCUGCUCUCACUGCAGCGUCUGUGAUCAUUGUGUGGAGGAUUUUGACCACCACUGUCCGUGGGUGAACAACUGCAUCGGCAGGCGAAACUACCGCUACUUCUUUCUGUUUUUGCUGUCGCUCACCCUUCACAUGAUUGCCGUGUUCACCUUUGGCCUCAUCUACGUCCUGCACCACGCGGAUGACCUGUGGGAGCUGCACUGCACCAUGACUUUGGUGGUGAUCAGCGUAUCGGGUUUGUUUCUGAUCCCAGUUCUGGGUCUCACUUGUUUCCACUUGUAUCUGGUAUCCAGAGGUCGCACCACCAAUGAACAAGUAACUGGGAAAUUUCAAGGAGGUGUGAACCCUUUCACACGAGGCUGCUGCAACAACAUGGAGUAUCUGGUUUGCAGUCCAGUGCCACCAAACUACACAACAAGAUCCUGCAGGAAAACGACCAUCUACGUUCAGCCUCCAUUCCUGUUCCGUUCGGAGCUUGACAGACAGAUUCCGGUGAAAGCCAAGGACAAUGGGAUUCAAAUUCUGGCAAUCCAAAAUAAACAAUCCUCAACCGGUGGAGCGGAGCUGUCCGAUAUCAAACAGCUGAAGACCCCGCCUCCGCUGCCCCCAAAACCAGACCGCAUUCUACUGAAAAGUCAAGUUUCUGUCAUGGAUGACGUGGGCCAUCACACCAAAUCCAUCAUUCCGGUGUCUAUUCCCACCGUGCCGCAGCUACGGCCGGUCCUGGAAGCCAUAUCCAGAGGAUCGUCACCCAUUCCUCCAGAACAGCUGCUGAAGACAUGCGACCAGCAAGGCAACAGCAAAGGUGCUGACCUCUGCUCGGAUUCAAGAGAGAGUCCCAUCAGAGGCGGCCAUCAAACCAUCCAAACUCCUCUCCAGCCCGGCGCUGUCUCCAGCUCACUACAGCUCAGCGCUCUGCCGCUCAGCACCCGCUCACUCACUUUAAAACACAACGGUCGCCAUGGCAACAAAUCCCAGCUGCACGCCAAUGCCACUUCAGGGAUCGUCUUCCAUUCCAGUCUGCUGGCCAAUCAGUGCAGCAGCAGCAGCCCCUCCUAUGACAACCUCAUCAACCCUGCAGAUCCUCAGUUUUUAACCCAACGGGGAGCCCCGACAGUGAGCUACCACUCCCACUUCAUGGCCCUGGGGACAGACGGGAUGGUGCAGUGUCCAAACCCUCACAGCUACAGUCCUGUGUUCAUGGGAGUCACCAGACAAUCUCCUCAACCUCGGGAAACGUCCCCGUCUUUGCAGGGUCUCACUUCCAGGGUCCCCUCACCGUCUUACCAAGGUUUCAUCCAAAGAGACUCUUCUCCUGGCUUGCAAGGGCUGAUGCCAAGAGACCUCCAAACCCAAAGCAUAAUGUCCCGAGACGUCCCUCCUCCCGGCGCGGUGAAACGAGAACACACCUCCCAAGGUCUUCAAGAGAGUCUUCGAGAUUUUAUUCCUCAGGACAUGACGCUUCCAAAGUCUGCCGCUGCACAAUAUGACAAUUUUUCCAAAACCAUCAUGGCGUCCAUCCACGAGAGACGAGAGAUGGACGAGAGGGAGAGGAUUCUCCGUGCCCAAGCCAGAUCCCAGGCUCUCUAUGGGCCCGAUUUGGGGAUCUACGACAUCCCCAGCAGGAGGAGUUUACCUCCAGAGAACAUUAGACCCCCAGGCUCCCGUGGACCCACUCCACCCGCCUACGGUUCCAGGGAGUUUCUGAUGAGUACGGGAAUUCUAGGUUACGGGAUGAGGACCUCGCCUCUCUCCUGCUCCUCUACAUCUUCUCUGACUCGUGGGCCCAAGACCUCCAGCUCUCCUCUGCAGAGAAGCAGCAGCAGCUUACAGAGCAAGGGCAGGUCUUCGUCUCCACCUUACGGUCCUCCUGAGAGGCAGACGCAUGGUCUAACGCCCUCCACAGCCACCCUGCCACGUUUACCUCCCAGUACCUACCCUGCACCCCCCUACACUUCCAACGCCACAGUGAAGCGCUCCUCCCUCCCUUUCUCCUCCGAGAGGAAGGAGUCCGUCACUCUGGGAGCCCUGAAAUAAAACCCACUCAAUGUUUCUGACGGCGCAAGUGAACCCCCUAUGCAGAGUUAGUCUCAGUCUUCAUCUUUUGUAAAUAAGAGGCCAUAUGGGGCUCUCCUGAGUAGGAGGGUGUGCAGAAGGAGGACAAACUCAAAAAAUAUUCAAAGCAAUUACGGAAAAAUAAACUGUGAAUCUCAGGAUGUCCGCGUCUCACUUUGUAGGAGGAGGGCGGGAGCAUGACUGGCUCAGCUGAAGACAAGAAAACAGAUGUUUGUUUGUGUUUUGAUAUUGUGAAAAUUGUAAUACCAUUUCAUCUAGUUUGUCCCCAACCCUCGUUUCAUAGGAUUUUUGUAGUCGUUUAUAUGAAUAAACUUAUUUUGUAAUUUCUA